CAACCUAAACGCCUACAACAAGACAUCAAGACAAGAUGGAAUAGCACCUACUUUAUGAUAGAGAGUCUUCUGGAACAGAAGCGAGUCCUUUGUGCUAUUGUUGCUGACCAUGACUUGCCCACGACACUGACUGCUAACCAGUGGGCCUUGCUUGAAAAAACUAACACUGUUCUAGCACCAUUUAAAGAGCUAACCAUUUAAAGAGCUAACCAGGAAAGUAAGCUCAUCCACUUUCUCCAUCGCUGAUGUCAUUCCAGCUGUCACCGUCCUCAAACGCAUUCUGGCUAGGGAAGACGAGGCAGAUACCGGCAUUAAAACAAUGAAAAAGACUCUGUUACAAGCUGUCAACAAUCACCGCGGCACUGUGGAAGAUGAACCUGUCUACGCUCUUGCCACCUUGCUGGAACCAAGAUAUAAAGACAGAUAUUUUACAAGUGCAGAGUCUGCAAAGUAUGCAAAAGAUGCACUAACAAAGGAACUUGAAGAAUUCUUGAGGAGCAGCACAGCUGGAGCACUGGAGACUUCAGAGCCACCAGAAAAGUCCCCUCGGGUGGAAGCAGCAGCAGCCCCAGACAAGAGCAGCUUUAUGAAAGGAUCCGACCAAAUUCUGGAGGAGUGUGAGGAUCCUGGUACAGCAAGCAGCUCAAACCAUGCUGUUGAUCUGCAUAGAUUUUUUACUGAGAAAACGAUCACUGCCUCAGACAGUCCAUACCAGUACUGGAGAGUCAACAAAGAUUGGUUACCUUGUCUUGCUGCCACUGCCAUGAAAUACCUCUGUGCCCCCUGCACUAGUGUAGAAAGUGAGAGAUUGUUCAGCACAGUUUCCAACAUUGUGGAUGAGAAAAGAAACAGACUUACAGCAGAGACAGCAGAAAUGCUUGUUUUCAUGAGAAAGAACAUGCCAUUACUGCUUAAGUGAGCAUUCAGCGUAACCACAGGCUGCGCGUGGUGUGAGACUGCACUAAAUAUUUACAUGUUUACAAUGAUAACUGCUUGUAUGUGUGACCAAGUUACUUAUUUAUUCUCAGGUU